CUUACUUCCCUUCAUCCAAAUCAAUGGAGUCCUCCUCCUUUCUCUUGCUCUUCUUCCUCUCCUCAUUCCUCUUGCCGACCCCCCUUACCGCGAGGAAGCUCACCGCCCUGGUCGACAAGCAACCGCUCACCAUCACAUACCACAAAGGCACCCUUCUCUCCGGCCCAAUCUCCGUCAACCUCAUCUGGUACGGUCAUUUCACCGCCUCCCAACGCUCCGUCAUUUCAGACUUCGUCACCUCCCUUUCCGGCGGUGACCCGAACCAGAAACAACCUUCCGUUUCGUCCUGGUGGACGUUGACCACCAAAUACUACUUCAAUUCCAAAAUCGCGCCUCCUCAGCUCACCGUCGGCGAACAGAUCCUCGACGAGAGCUACUCGCUGGGAAAAUCGUUAACAAACGGCGAUCUCUUCGCUUUAGCAGCGAAGGGGAGAAAGCAGCGGGCUAUUAACGUGGUGCUAACGGCGGCCGACGUCGCCGUCGAGAGAUUUUGCAUGAGCCGCUGCGCGACUCAUGGCAGUUCUAAGUCGGACCGCUUCGCAUACAUCUGGGUCGGAAACUCGGCGGUCCAGUGUCCCGGAAUGUGCGCCUGGCCGUUUCACCAGCCGGUGUACGGUCCGCAGGUUCCGCCGUUAGUGGCGCCUAACGGCGAUGUGGGCGUUGACGGCAUGGUGAUGAAUUUGGCGAGCAUGAUUGCCGGGGCCGUCACGAAUCCGUUUGGCGAUGGGUUUUAUAUGGGUCCGGCGACGGCGCCGCUUGAGGCGGCGACGGCGUGUCCGGGCGUGUACGGUAAAGGAGCGUACCCGGGUUACGCCGGCGAACUGUUGGUGGACCCCACUACGGGUGCGAGCUACAACGCGAACGGGGGAAAUGGGAGGGAGUAUUUGCUGCCGGGUAUCUUUGAC